GCCAUGUUUAAUAUUUGACUUCCUCACACGAAGAAGAAGUUUCCUACUUUAAACAUGUCCUGUGUAGACCAGACAGAAACGGACCCCCUUAUUACGUCUUUAAUAAUAUGAAGUGUCUAACAGUGUUUUAUUGAGCCGGACAAGUUUUAACGUUGAAUUUUAAACUCGUUCUGUCUGUGAAUGAAUGGCCAAAGCGGUCCGUGGCUGACAGAGAGAGAUGUCCUCGUCGUGGACAGAUCGGCAGGGACAGGUUGGAGACCUGAGACACCAGAGCAAAGAGGAGCUGCAGGAGCUGCUGCUCCGACAAGAAAAGAUUCUCUCCAACAAGCGACUGCUGCAGACACUUCCUGACAAAGGGAACAAGAUAAAAGACUUUGUGGACAAAGUGCGUCUUGCCAUUGAACAGAAGAGUGAAGAGGAGCGGAGGCGGAGCUUGGUGUCCGCUGCCAGAAACGAAUUACAAUCCAAAUAUCAGCAAGCUUUCCAGCAGCGAGCCGUCUCCGCCACAUCGGCAGAUUCACACCAAAACGAUGCUGCGGGCGAUGCUCUGCAGGACGGGGAGACCUCACCUGGACACGUGCAGAAAGACACCAUUCUGGAGGCGCAGCAGGACGGGCGUGUCUCCAACACCGCUCAGGUUGAGRCCAUGGAGACUGUUGCAGCCGAGGCUCCUCUGAGCUCUGAUGAGACAAACGAUGGUGAACUUGUCGAAGCCAUGGACAGAGUCACGUUAUCUGAACCUGCUGUUGGUGAAUCCAAAGAUCAAAUAAAGWGCAAAGCUAAAGAUAAUUACUUUCUCCAAAAGCAGCAACCAACAAAGCCUCACUAUGUAACAGUUCUGGAAAAAACGGAAACAUCCACGGUUCCCAGGAAGCAAAAGUUCAAACCCAAUCAGCUGCUCCACAGGACCGAUGCCUCUCCACCGGGAUCUGUAUCACCUGGUCAGUCCUCUGGAACUGCAUCACCCAUUUCUGCUCAGGCCAGGAGGGAGCAGGACAGGAAACACCUGGAUGACAUCACUGCCGCCAGACUUCCUCCUCUCCACCACAGUCCGGCACAGCUCCUGUCUCUGGAGGAGUCGGCGGGCCUCGUGAGAGAACAGGCUAAGAAACAGCAGGAGUUGCAAGCCAAACAGGCAGCCCAGAAACUGUCGGAGGGACUGAAGGUCUCUAUGGGGAGCUACGCUCCUGACGGUGGCCCCAUGGCUGCCUACAGAGAGGUUCACGAUGAAGGAGCCCACCUCUCCUCUGAGGAGGACUGAUCCUGCAGGGCCCAGCUGGGGAAACCGGUGGAACUUUGGCUGCAACGGAGUAAAAAACGUUUGGACCUCGUGGUCAGGAUCCGUCAAACAGUAUUUUUAAUUCCAAGAACUCUUAAAGAGAGGGAAAGGAGUCUGUAUGAAUAGUUAGAGUCCCAGGCUCAGGUCGAGUGGAGAAACCAGCUAACUGUCAUUCAGUCCGUACCAGGUUCAGCUGGGUUCAGUAGAAUAACGUCUUUUGUUGACCGAGAGUCUUAAAUGCAGAAGCUGUAGGUGCAUCAUGAAGGAAAAGAGUUUCUGUCAGUCUGUCCCUCUGAGCCUCAGGGUCGUGUCGACUAAAGCUUCAGCUGAAGUGAGUUAAUGACAUGAUGUCAUCAUCAGGUGGAUGUGACUGUUCUGGCACACUGUGACCUCAGAACUAAAUAAAAAAAAUCAGAUUUUUCAA